CGCCCGGGACGCAGCGAUAAUGCGGGUGAAGGUGAAGCGCUGGAACGCCAUCGCCACCUGGUUCUGGGUGGCGAACGACGAGAACUGCGGCAUCUGCCGGAUGGCGUUCAACGGCUGCUGCCCGGACUGUAAAGUGCCAGGUGAUGACUGCCCAUUGGUGUGGGGUCAGUGCUCUCACUGUUUUCAUAUGCACUGUAUUCUGAAAUGGCUGAACUCCCAGCAAGUGCAGCAACACUGUCCUAUGUGUCGGCAAGAAUGGAAGUUCAAGGAGUGAUGAGAAACUGAGUGAGGAAUUCUUCAGGCUCAGAAAUAUGGAUGAAAAGCCACAUAAUAAACCAGGGACAAAAACUGCGGGAUCUUAUCAAGGAAAUUAAGGACUAUCUACCGUGUUGGUUUUGUAAAUGUAAAAAGCAGUGAUACAGGAACUGUAGUGUAAAAUUUCAAUAACUGCUGACCGAGAGAAAAAAAUGUAAGUGUCCUUGUAAUGAAAAGGUCAAUAUUGCAUCCUUAAUUUUGACUUAGUGGCCAUUCGGUAACAAUAUAUUUUAUUUAAAUAAUGAUGUAAAUGCUUGUUUAUACAAAAUGUUAGACGUACACUUUUUUAUUCCAAAACCAUUAAAGAGACUGAAUGCAGGA